AACCUACGAGCGUUUCAUGGUUUGAAUUUUGAAAAGUCCAUUUUCAGAUGCGUGUUGAGAUUCCCCACAAGCCUUGGUGGAUGGUCAGAAAUUCGUGUGUGUACGGACUCGCCAUCCACGCAGACCGCAUGGAGUCUUUUCAGUCAAACGAUAGGGCAUUAUUCACUAAACCAACGGUCACGAUUACAACAUAUCCAGGAACUCAGAGCCCGAGCUUAUUCUAGCCGAGGAUCAUAGUAUUCUUCCUCUCCUCCAACUCUUCGAUUUCCCUUUUCUCAUUUUCUCUUCUCUCUCUCCGGCGAACUUUCCCGGUGAAAGGCACAAGUCCUGUGAGAUUUCCGGCCUUUCUUUCAAAAAUCCCGCAGGGUUUUUAGAAGAUGGCGAUGUUUAUGGCGUCGCGGCGCCUGUCAUCUCUAUCAACUUCAUCUCUGCUAGUAGGGACGUUGCGUUUGAGUUAUAGCAGGUUGAUGUCGACGUCGUUCAGGGAGGAGAAAGAUACAUUCGGCCCGAUACGCGUCCCCUCUGACAAGCUGUGGGGGGCGCAGACUCAAAGGUCAUUGCAGAACUUUGAUAUCGGUGGAGAGCAUGAACGGAUGCCUGAACCAAUCAUCCGUGCCUUUGGCAUCCUUAAGAAAUGUGCCGCCAAGGUGAACAUGGAAUAUGGUCUCGAUCCAUCUAUUGGGAAAGCAAUAAUGGAAGCUGCCCAAGAAGUUUCUGAGGGAAAACUGAAUGAGCAUUUCCCACUCGUCAUAUGGCAGACUGGCAGUGGGACUCAGAGCAACAUGAAUGCCAAUGAGGUGAUUGCAAAUAGAGCAUCUGAGAUUCUUGGCCAUAAACGUGGUGAAAAGUUUGUGCAUCCAAAUGACCAUGUGAAUAGGGCACAAUCUUCAAAUGAUACAUUUCCAACUGUCAUGCACAUUGCUGCAGCGGUUGAAAUAAACUCGAGGUUUAUACCGAGUUUGAAACAGUUGCAUACUUCAUUACAUUCCAAGUCUGUUGAGUUCAAAGACAUUAUUAAGAUUGGACGCACGCAUACUCAAGAUGCAACACCUUUAACUCUUGGGCAGGAGUUCAGUGGUUAUACUACACAAGUAAAAUAUGGAAUCGAUCGAGUCACUGGUACUCUACAACGCAUGUAUCAGCUUGCGCAGGGUGGUACUGCUGUGGGAACUGGAUUGAAUUCCAAAAAAGGGUUUGAUGUAAAAAUUGCUGCUGCAGUAGCUGAAGAAACUAAUCUACCAUUUGUAACUGCUGAAAACAAGUUUGAAGCUUUGGCAGCACAUGAUGCUUUUGUUGAAACUAGCGGAGCCCUAAACACAGUUGCAACUUCUCUUAUGAAAAUCGGAAAUGACAUUCGGCUGUUGGGAAGUGGUCCACGUUGUGGCCUUGGGGAACUUAUUCUACCAGAAAAUGAGCCUGGCAGCAGUAUCAUGCCUGGAAAGGUUAACCCUACACAAUGUGAGGCUCUUACCAUGGUCUGUGCUCAGGUCAUGGGUAAUCACGUGGCCAUUACAGUGGGUGGAUCAAAUGGUCAUUUUGAGCUUAACGUAUUCAAGCCAAUGAUUGCUAGUGCGCUUCUACGAUCAGUGAGAUUACUUGGGGAUGCAUCCGCUUCCUUUGAAAAGAACUGUGUAAGGGGAAUUCAAGCCAAUCAUGAAAGGAUUUCGAAAUUAUUGCAUGAGUCCCUGAUGCUUGUUACGUGUUUGAACCCUAAAAUCGGUUAUGACAAUGCUGCAGCAGUUGCCAAGAAAGCACACAAGGAGGGAACGACUCUGAAGGAAGCGGCAUUGACUCUUGGAGUGCUCAAGCCACAUGAAUUUGAUGAACUCGUUGUACCAGAGAAGAUGAUCAGCCCCUCUGAUUGAGAUCUGAUCUAUUCAGGAGCUCACGGCAAUGCUUCCUCCCAUGUCAUCCUGAAGGUCCAUUUUUGCACCCAUUUCUAACCACAUUGGCCUGCGACAAGGAUGCUCAAUAAAGGUGCGAUUUUCUGCUGCUUUCAACCAUUAUUGGGGUGGCUUUUUUUUUUUUUUUUUUUUUCAUUGAACUAUUUUUGGUAGGUUUGUUGAUUAUACUCUUGCCUGUCUGAUGAUUGGUUAAUAAGUACACCCCAUGUAACGGAAAAAAACCAAUGAAUCAAAUCUGAGUAUUUUGAGAUAAUUGCUGUCAAUGAUCAAAUCCCCUCUCUAGCCUGCUCCAA